CAGCAGAGGACGUAACCAGAGCUGGGAUCCGCCCUCGGGCUUGCUGCCAAAACAGUGGGGCUGAACAGACCUCUCCCCUUUGGGAGAGAAGAACUGUCUGUGAGCUUGACAAAGGCAUGCGGGAGAGAACAGGGGCGGCCAGAGCCAGGAGGGAGAGCCCUCCCCAGGCAAACAAGCCGCAGCACUGUGCAAACACUGGGGCAUAAAUGAGGCCUCCCGGACCAUGAAGCGUGUCCCGAGCUGCGUCCCGGAGCCCACUGAGGUCAUGAUGGCCAGAGCGCUCUGCCUGCUGGGGCUGGUCCUGGCCUUGCUGUUCUCCAGCUCCACCGAGGAGUACGUGGGCUUGUCUGCAAACCAGUGCGCCGUGCCUGCCAAGGACAGGGUGGACUGCGGCUAUCCCCAGAUCACCCCGGAGCAAUGCAACAGCCGGGGCUGCUGCUUCGACGCCAGCAUCUUCGAAGUGCCUUGGUGCUUCAAGCCCCUGCAGGAAACAGAAUGCACGUUCUGAGACACCUGCAGCUGCUCCUGGCCAGGGGAUGUGAAGCUCCGAGGCCCUGCGCACGGCCCGGAUUGCUGCCGGGCUGCUCAUCUCUGCUUUUCUUUCCCUUUGCUCCCAACAAGCACUUCUGCUGAGAGCUCACGUCUGGGCCUGACGUCUUAAUGAAUAAAGAUCCCAUGCGCCGCACGAGGACGGUGCUUCGUGCCUGA